AUAAAAGAGUAGUCAUCAAGAAGUGGGCUUUUAUAUUUUGAGUCUUUAAUUUGGAGUAUAAUAAGAGGGAAGGAGAAGAGAGGAAAAACUGAGUUUUGUUUCUUUGUGGUUUGGAAAUAAAAGAAGGGGAGAGAAACAUGGCUCAGACGGUUGGAAGGAAUAUAGCAGCUCCAUUGCUGUUCCUUAACUUGAUUAUGUAUUUUAUUGUUGUGGGUUUUGCUAGUUGGUGUCUCAACCGCUUCAUCAAUGGCCAAACCAACCACCCAAGUUUUGGAGGAAAUGGUGCAACAAUGUUCUUCCUGACAUUCGCCAUACUGGCUGCUGUGGUGGGGAUAGUCUCGAAACUCGCAGGUGGCAACCACAUCAGAGCUUGGAGAAACGACAGCCUUGCUGCCGCAGCUGCCUUAUCACUCAUUGCUUGGGCCAUCACUGCUCUAGCCUUCGGGUUCGCUUGCAAGCAAAUAAACAUAGGAGGACAUAGAGGGUGGAGGCUGAGGGUGUUGGAGGCGUUUGUGAUAAUUCUGACUUUCACUCAGCUGAUGUAUGUUCUGUUGCUUCACGCCGGCACGUUCAGCAGCAAGUACGGCCCCGGCUACCGUGACACCGACUACGGCAUCAGAGAGCGCGGAGAAGAUCCGGGCCUCAAGGGUGGCACUGCAGCUCCCACCACUAGGGCGGUCUAGACAUAUACAUAUAAUAUCAUGUGCAUAUUAUGUAUGUAUGUCAUGCAUAAUGUGUAUGUGUCUUUGUUAUGUGUUUCUCUUAUGUUUUUCUUUGCAAGUUUGAAAGACAUGUAUAUGUCUUUGGUUGGCUUGUUUUGGCUGAUCAAUCCUUUUUCUAUUUGCCCUUUGGUUGGUUUCUUGUAAGUAGAUUAGAUUUGACUCUGUACUGGUUGUGUUGUGGAUAUCAUGUUUGUUGUUGUGUGGAAUAUUGUUGGUCUUUUAAUUA